AUGCCCAAAUCCACAACCAAAAAGUACAGCGCAAGACGCCAAACAAAGCACAGAUCAAGACGAUCUCGAACACAUCGUGGUGGCAAGGAUUUCAAGAUCUCUGGUGAACGCGCUCGUUCCAAAGCUGAAGCAAACCCCACCAAGAAGGCCACCCAGGAACCCAGUGAUUGCGGCUGCAAGAUCAUGAAACCAGAGACAGGUGACUUUUGUGGUGAUUCUGUUGUCGAAGGCACUGCAUACUGCACUGAUCAUCUCAAGAAGCAGUUCCACGUGGAGAUCAAGGGCAAGUUCCCCUUUGGAAUGCGCAUGUACGCCACAGGACCAAGUUCGAGGAUUGCAUUUGAGAAGGACGCUGUCAUCAUCCACUGCGACAACCAAGGCAUCUGUGCUCGUCUGGGACUCGGUGGCGCAGCCCUUGACGAUUGGGACCCAAGCUUUUGCACGUCUAGCAUGGAUGUUCUCAUUCGACAGAGCAGCGACAAGGAUGAAAUCAAUGCUCGCUACGUGAACUGGAAGAGCGAAAAUGAACUGGUUCUCAAGGCCACCAAGACCAUUUAUGGUGGCGAUGAGAUCGUGGCCGACUUCACCGAGCUGAUCGACCUGGCCGACGAGGACGACAAAGUGUCACGCACCCUGCUCACGAGUGACGUUUUCAUUCUGCUCGAUGGUCCAGCCAUCUUUGGAGACGACCCCAGAGAAAUGGAGAAAGUUGGCGCUGUAUUUGAAAAACUCAUCAAGAAACACAAGCAUGUCUUUGUACAAUUGGGUCAUGACAUUGGAGCAAAUGACAUGAGGGAUCUUCUGCGCGAAGCAGGUCACAAAUUCAAAAUUCUCAAUCUCGACGAUCACCCCUAUUUGUAUC